UGUUUUUUUGUCUCUAAGCUCCGGAAACAGGCUGAAUGAUCCCAAAAAGUUGGCAAGAACAGCGAACAGCCCGGACCAGCACAGACAGCAGACCAGCACAUCGGCGACUGUCCACAGGACCGAGGAGAUGGGGGACAAAGCGGGGACCAGAGUCUUUAAGAAGUCGAGUCCGAACGACAAGCUCACUGUUUAUCUUGGAAAGCGAGACUUUGUUGAUCACUUAGACCACGUAGAUCCAGUAGAUGGAAUGCUCCUUGUAGACCCAGAGUAUCUGAAAGGUCGAAAAGUGUUUGUGACUCUGACCUGUGCGUUUUGUUACGGUCGGGAGGACCUGGAUGUCCUAGGCCUUUCCUUCCGUAAAGAUCUGUAUGUCAGCACCGUCCAGGUCUUUCCUCCUCUGCAGGAGGAAAAGAAGCCUCUGAGCCACCUGCAGGAGAGGCUGCUGAAGAAGCUGGGUCAUCGUGCCUACCCCUUCAACUUCACUAUCCCCCAGAACCUGCCUUGCUCAGUGACCCUCCAGCCAGGUCCAGAGGACACUGGGAAGGCAUGUGGUGUGAACUAUGAGCUUCGAGCAUUCUGUGCCAAGACUGUGGAGGAGAAGAUCCAUCAAAGGAACUCUGUGCAUCUGGUGAUCAGGAAAGUUCAGUACGCCCCAGAGAAGCCAGGUCCACAGCCGAUGAUGGAGACCAGUCGCAGCUUCCUGAUGUCUGAUAGAGCUUUACACCUAGAGGCCUCAUUGGAUAAGGAGCUGUACUACCACGGUGAGCCCAUCAGUGUCAAUGUCCAUGUCACCAACAACUCUUCUAAGACUGUCAAAAGGGUGAAGAUAUCUGUUCGUCAGUAUGCUGAUAUUUGUCUGUUCUCCACCGCUCAGUAUAAGUGCCCAGUUGCCCAGGUUGAAGCAGACCACCAGGUUUCUCCCAGCUCCACCUCCUGCCAGGUCUACUCUCUGACCCCCGUGCUGGGUAUAAACAGGGAAAAGAGAGGCCUGGCCCUGGAUGGAAAGCUGAAGCAUGAAGACACCAACCUGGCCUCCAGCACCAUAGUAAAAGAAGGGACCAACAAGGAGAUGAUGGGCAUCAUGGUUUCCUACAGAGUCAAAGUCAAACUGGUGGUGUCUCUUGGGGGGGAUGUAGCAGUGGAACUUCCUUUUGUCCUGAUGCAUCCCAAACCUAUAGACCAGCCCAGCUCCCAACCACAGUCAAUUGCUCCAGAGGCUGAUGCUCCUGUGGAUACAAACCUCAUAGAGUUUGACAUGCAUACUUCCUCUCAGGCUGAUGACUUUGUGUUUGAAGAUUUUGCUCGUCUGCGGUUGACAGGGAUGAUGGAUGACAAGGAUGAGGACAAACCCUUCUGUUAGCUCCUCCUCCUUCAGCAUCAGUUACUUGUCUGAGCGAAAGGUUACAAGCCACUCAACCAAGAACCCAAGAAGAAGAAAAUGAGCAGACGGCCAGAUGUGUGAGGACAACCUCUGGAAUCUUGCCACAUGCUUUGAUUGUACCAUUUACUCUGUAUGGGCUAUGGUAUAUGUCUGUUGUUUAAGGAGCAGCCAACAAAAAAUCAGCUGCUUGGUGUCUUACACAUAUAGACCUAUCAUAACAUAAAUGACAGGUCACUUGUUGUUUUCAGGUAUCAGUGAAACCGCUAAAAGCUAUGACAGAGGAACCUAACUUUUAUUGCUUCCUAUUGAUUUGUCCUUCACCUCUUUAUACUCAAGUAAAUCGAGUGCAUUUUUAUGACUGCACCGGCCACAGCUGUGGCUGGAGGCUGUAUGUUUUCAGGUUGUCUGUUAUCUGUCCGUCCCAUUCUUGUUUUUCAGAUGUGGUGCAAACAUCCACUUAAACUAAAGCAUGAACUGAGUUCAUUGAGUUUGGUGGUCAAAGGUCAAGGUCACUGUGACCUCACGCCUGUCCCAUUCACGUGAACGUGGUAUCUCAGGAAUACCUGGAGGGAAGUGGCACAAACGUCCACUCUGACUCCAGAAUGAAGUGAUUUUAGUGGUCUACGCUCCACUUUAUUACAUUAUUCAACACCAUAACUCAGGAACAGAAGGUAUGAUUGUCACCAUAUUUCACAGUGGGUUGGACACUGAAUAGGUAACACUUUUGACUGAAAGGUCAAAGGUCAUUGUGACCUUAAAAUACAUUUACACAUUUUGGGUAGCACUACUCUGUAAGAACCCAUCUUUACAUAGUAAUCGAAUUUAUGUGUACCUUUUCAACCAAUACAUCUAUGAAUAGUUCCACAAUGUAUAUUUACUGGUAUCAUAUCAUAAAUAUAGUAGUAUAAUUACCUUUUUUCAAAUCCUAGUAUUAAGUAAGUAAGUAUUUACUGCAUCUAUGAGUCUGGACACAUAGAUGGAAACUACAACUCACUGGUUGGCCGAGGCAUACAAUUGCGGCAGUUCUGGUUAUAUUUGGAUCAGAAAAAGCUAGAGUUAAAUUUGUAAACAGGAAUGAUUUUAUUUUAGUAGUUAUUUUUGCUAAUAUAUAUUUCCCUUAUCUCAAGUUGGAUGGAACAGAUAUCAAUAGGUGAACUAACUGAAACAAAUUCCCAUCAUGCAUACAGAUUUUUAAUGUCUGUUGAACAGCCAGGAGUUGUUUGACUCUAGCUUUGGCCUUCCAGUGCGAGAUCAACUCUUCUUUAGUGCACCUCCAAAAAAUACAGUAGUAUUCUGAUGAUUAGUGUGUAGUUAGUAUGCUUUUCCAGGUCCAAAAUUGUAAAGUGAAAGGGGUACACUGAUUUUCACUUAUUUGAGACAUUCUCGUGCUAGGUGCACAGUGCCUCGUGUCUCUCCUGGAUCUACACACAAUCCUAAUGCCCAGUAUGUACAAGUUGUAAGUAUGUAAGGCCUGUGUCCCAAAUGCAUACAAUUUACUCCUAUAUAUGACCACAUUUUGAAUACGCAGUUUGUUCUCACUGGCAAAUAAAAAAUAAACACUUACAAAUGCUGCUUAACAAACAGUAGUUGUUUUUUUACAUUUGGUUAAAUUUAAGAAUUGUAACCAAUGCAGAGCCUGCCAGUUUAUCAUUAGGGCUAUACUCUCAUGUAAUCCUUCUGUAGGAUAGAAUUGGGACACAUUGUAGGACCAUAGUGUGUAUACAAAAACUUUUAGCUAGAGCCAUCAGUAUACAUGCGUUAUUCUGUCAAAAUAAUUUAACAUGUAAGUUGACUAGCUAGACAAUCAACCACAUAUUCACUGGACUUUUUAACAGUAUUCUUUUUUCUUGGUCUCUAUGCAUCUUACUUGAGCUGUUAAUUACAAUGAAAAAGAGACAGUGUCUCAGCUGGGCACAAAGUCUUUCCUGUGUCCUGAGUUAAGCUCUUGUGUUUUUGUAUCAAUGAAGAUGAAUGAUGAUGAUUAUGAAUGAGUCAGAUUUUUCCCCAAAGAGUUCUAAAUAUGAGCUGUAUAAGUGUAAGAUACUACAGCUAUUAUCAUUAUAAUCUAUUGAAAUUUGAAAUAUAGUUACGUAAACAUAUUGCAAGAUCUACCGUGAAUUGGAUUUAUUUUAUUCUGCGUGGGUUUCGUCCGGGUGCUCCGGUUCCCCACCAUCAAAAACAUAUUCUUCAGUCAGUGCCAAUGAUCAGACAAUGAUAUAGAUCUGGAGUUGGUCCCCGGGCGCUGCACAGUGGCUGCCCACUGCUCUCUUGAAGAAUGGGUUAAAUGCAGAGAAUGAAUUGCGCUACAUGUGUGUAUGUCACAAUAAAGUCCCUUCACCUACGUUAUUUUAAAAUGAAAUAAAAUGUUCAAAUAAU